AUGGGGUUGAGGUUGGGGGCUGUUUUGGGGGGGGGGGGAGAGGCGAGGGCUAGUUUGGGGGGGGGGGGGAGGGGAAGGCUAGUUUGGGAGUGGGGGCAAAGGCUGAUGUUAGGACAGGUUAGGGGUGGAGUUAGGAGUGGUAGAGGUGGACGUGGUGCUAGAGUUGAUAAGUUGAGGGUUGGGUUUUGCAACAUAGGGACUCUUCAGGGUAAGUCCAUAAAGCUUAUGAAGAUUCUUAGAAAAAGGAGGAUUAAUAUUGCGUCUAUCCAGGAGACCAAAUGGGUAAGGUAUAAGGCUAGAGAUGUGGAUGGUUAUAAGUUAUGGUACUCUGGAAGUGAAAGGCGUAGGAAUGGAGUAGGCUUGGACUGGGAGAAGAAAAACCGAUUUUGGGAGGCUUUGGACGAGGUGGUGAGAGGCGUGCGUAACUUUGAGAAGAUUGUUGUAGCUGGAGAUUUCAAUGGGCACAUCUGGGCAUUACCGGAAGGCUAUGGCGAUGUGCAUGGAGGUUUUGGCUUUAAGGAGAGGAAUGAAGAGGGAGCUACUCUGUUGGAUUUUGCGAGGGCCUUUGGGAUGCAUAAGCUCCUAGGGAUGGACUUGGGUAUAAAGAAGGAUAAGAAGAGAAGGAGCGGGGAGGGUAGACCUAAAAUUAAGUGGAAUGGCUUGACGCCGGUGAAUGCGCUGGAGAUAGGGGAGAAGCUGGCGGGAAUAGGGGGUGGGAGUGUAGGGGGACGUGGAUG